GGAACAGCUAUCAGUAGAGGGUUGAACUUGAGGACUUCAGGGAGAAGCCUGCGCUCAGGUCGGAAUGGGGUGGUAUGAGCAAGUGGAGCUUCUGGAAGAGGCUCACACUGAAACAAGUGUUUAAUUCUCUGAGCAUCACCUGACAGUGCCCAGGCGCAAGUGGGGAGCCCCCGGCCCGAGGGUAACGAUUUCCCAUGGACACCCUGACUCCUGGAAUCAAGCUCAAGGAAACUAAGGCCGAACUCAUAUGGAGGGACGAGCCCAAGGGCCCAGAGCUACUGGUAACGUCCUCGGACUCACAGAAACAGUCAGGACCCAGCCAUGGGCCAAAGACACCAUCAGGCCAAAAGGUGAAAGCUCCACACCAUCUCCUGUCCCUGUCAUGGAAGCAGGACCGUGAGCAGACUCUGGCAGCAGCCUAUGUGCCGGUGGUGGUGGACCCGAGGGGGCAGAACCCGGACAAGCUCAGGUUCAAUUUCUACACCUCCCAGUACUCCAACUCCCUGAACCCCUUCUACACCUUGCAGAAGCCCACCUGUGGCUACCUGUACCGCCGGGACACUGACCAUACCCGCAAGCGCCUCGACGUGCCUCCUGCCAACCUGGUCUUGUGGCGUUCAUAGGCCUGUGCCAGUCGGAAGCCCUCUGUCCUGCACCCUCACCCUGAUGAUCUCAGGCCCCAAGGGGAGGGGCUGCUCACUCUCAGAGGAGCAGAAAGUGCUCAGGCUCCGGUGGCUAUGCCCUGGCCACCGUCAGCAAUGGCAAAAGGAGGUCUUGCUUCUCAGCAACAAUUAAAAGUUUGUCCUUCCUUUC